AUGUCUACUUUCGAAAAAGUCGUUGUUAUUGACGCUAAGGGUCACUUAGUCGGUCGUUUGGCUUCCAUUGUUGCUAAGCAACUAUUGAACGGUCAAAAGAUCGUUGUCGUCAGAGCCGAAGCCCUAAACAUCUCUGGUGAAUUCUUCAGAAACAAGUUGAAGUACCACGACUUCUUGAGAAAGGCUACUGCUUUCAACAAGACCCGUGGUCCAUUCCACUUCAGAGCCCCAUCUAGAAUCUUCUACAAGGCUGUCCGUGGUAUGAUCUCUCACAAGACUGCCCGUGGUAAGGCUGCUUUGGAAAGAUUAAAGGUUUUCGAAGGUGUUCCACCACCAUACGACAAGAAGAAGAGAGUUGUUGUCCCAGAAGCUUUGAGAGUCUUGAGAUUGAAGCCAGGUAGAAAGUACACCACUCUAGCUAAGUUGUCUACUUCCGUCGGUUGGAAGUACGAAGACGUCGUUGCUAAGUUGGAAGAAAAGAGAAAGGUCAGAUCCGCUGAAUACUACGCUAAGAAGAGAGCCUUCAACAAGAAGGUUACCGCUGCCACCGCCUCUGCUGCUGAAACUGAUGCUGCUAAGAAGUUGGCUACUCUAGGUUACUAA